ACUCCUUUCACCAGUAAGCCCAAAUCUAUUUCUAUUUUUUCAGAGAGAAAUAGACGAAAAGAAAAGGAAAAAACAGUUUUCACGCAAUACAUAUGCAUUCAUAAGAACUGAAGCAAAAACACAAAGAGAGCACACAAUCAAUGGCGGCAUCAAAAAGCUAUUUCGCAAGGGCGAACUACAGGUUCCUAUCAAACGACAGGGACAUUUCGGUAACUUCUGAUACGAUGUUUGAGCUUGACGAAUCGGACGUGUGGAACUCGUCGGGUCGUUCAUCGUCGCCGGAGUUCCGUAAGCCGAGUUCUAGAAUUUCUCGGAAGCAGUCUGUAUCAAAAAGUGACCGAACCAGUGCUGGAGUAACGGCGGCGGCUUCCUUGCCGGUAAACGUGCCGGACUGGUCGAAAAUACUGAAGGAUGAGUACAGAGAGAAUCGGAGAAGUGACAGCGACGAUGAUUUUGACGGCGACGACGGUGAGAAUCGAAUUCCGCCGCACGAGUUUUUGGCGAGGCAGUUAGCGAGAACGAGAAUUGCCUCCUUCUCGGUGCACGAAGGUGUUGGUAGGACUCUCAAAGGCAGAGAUCUGAGUAGAGUCAGAAAUGCUAUUUUUGAAAAAACCGGAUUUCAGGAUUAAUUUUGAUCGAUGAUCGAUCUAACAGAUGAGAAAUUACAAUUACUACUACUAUUACCUUUUUUUUUCAAUUUCAAAACUUCCCCGAGACGUUUUGUUUUUUCUUUUUUCAUUUUAUUUUCCACUUAUUUCUCCCUAUUUUUGAGAUGGUGAAGCGGUUACCGAGCUAUUGUAAUUCUAACGUUUUUCGAAAUUUUGAGAGGAAAUGAAGCCGAAAAAAAAAAACAGAAAAUUUAUUCUUAUUUUUAGUUAUUUUGAUGCCUAUAGUACUACUUUAAUUUGUCCGAUAUUUUGGACGUUGAAUAAAUGCCACAUAUGCCAGUUGUAAUAGUAUUGUCUCUGUAUUUCCAUCAGUUUGAAAGUGAAAAGUUGAACUGAA